AUGUCUACUGCUACAGUUAAGAAACACACGAAGACGCAUUCUACGUAUGCUUUUGAGAACAACACUAACAGUGUUGCGGCCUCGCAGAUGAGGAAUGCUUUGAACAAGCUAGUUGAUUCUGUGACGGAUGAUGCCGUGCGUUCGAAGUUCGAGAACGAAAUGGACUCGUUCUUUUCGUUGUUCAGAAGGUAUUUGGGGGAGAAGGCGAGCGGUAACACGUUGGACUGGGACAAGAUCAAGUCGCCUAGCGCUGAUGAGGUGGUGGACUACAAGGUAAUUGAGACUUCGCAGGCUGAAAACGUGUCUCAUUUGGACAAAUUGGCGGUGUUGAAGUUGAACGGUGGUUUGGGUACGUCCAUGGGUUGUGUUGGGCCAAAGUCUGUUAUCGAGGUGAGAGACGGGAACACGUUCCUUGAUUUGUCUGUGCGUCAAAUUGAGUACUUGAACAGACAGUACGACUCUGACGUGCCAUUGUUGUUGAUGAACUCGUUCAACACCGACAACGACACUGCGCAUUUGAUCAAGAAGUAUUCUGCAAACAGAAUCAGAAUCAGAUCUUUCAACCAGUCCAAGUUCCCACGUGUGUUGCGCGACUCCUUGUUGCCAGUGCCUCAGUCUUGUAACGACCAGUUGGAUUCGUGGUACCCACCGGGCCACGGUGAUUUGUUCGAAUCCUUGCAUUCCUCCGGUGAAUUGGACGCAUUGUUGGCCCAGGGCAGAGAGAUCUUGUUCGUGUCCAAUGGUGACAACUUAGGUGCCACUGUCGACUUGAAGAUCUUGAACCACAUGAUCGAGACCGGGGCUGAGUACAUAAUGGAAUUGACUGACAAGACAAGAGCCGACGUCAAGGGUGGUACCUUGAUCUCUUAUGACGGCCAAGUCCGUUUGCUAGAAGUCGCGCAAGUGCCAAAGGAACACGUGGACGAGUUCAAGAACAUUAGAAAGUUCAAGAACUUCAACACCAAUAACUUGUGGAUCAACGUCAGAGCCAUUAAGAGACUCAUCGAGUCCCAAUCAUUAUCCAUGGAGAUCAUUCCAAACCAAAAAACCAUCACCAGAAACGGCCACGAAAUAAAUGUGCUCCAACUAGAAACCGCUUGUGGUGCCGCUAUUAGACACUUCAAGGGCGCUCACGGUGUCGUCGUUCCAAGAUCAAGAUUCUUGCCCGUCAAGACUUGCUCAGAUUUGCUAAUGGUCAAAUCUGACUUGUUCUACUUGGAACACGGUACCCUAAAAAUUGACCCAUCCAGAUUUGGUCCUAACCCAUUGAUCAAAUUGGGUUCUCAUUUCAAAAAGGUUUCUGGAUUCAAUAGCCAUAUUCCACACAUCCCUAGGAUUAUCGAGUUGGACCAUUUAACGAUCACCGGUAACGUCUUCUUAGGCAAAAACGUCACCUUAAAGGGUACCGUCAUCAUUGUUUGCUCAGAAGGUCAAAGAAUCGAUAUUCCAAAUGGUUCCGUUCUUGAAAACGUCGUUAUCACAGGUAACUUACAAAUCUUAGAACAUUGA